AUGAAGUAUAGUCUCAUUUUUUUGUUCUUUGUAAUUGUUGGAGUUUGUGCCAGUCUUAGACAGCAAUCUAUUGCUGUUAAAGGAAAGCUUAUGUGUGGUAACAAACCAUUAUCAAACACAAGAAUCAAGCUUUGGGAGGAAGAUUCAGGUCCUGAUCCAGAUGAUUUAUUAGAUCAAGGAUACACUGAUGCUAAUGGAGAAUUUUUACUUAAAGGUGAUGAAAGAGAACUUACCAACAUUGAUCCAAGAUUAAAAGUUUACCAUAAUUGUGAUAAUUCUUUAUCGCUUGGAGCACGUAAAGUAAAAUUCACAAUUCCAUACUCAUAUGUUACUGCUGGUAAAGAACCAAAGAAGACCUUUGAUAUUGGUGUUAUAAACAUGGAAACAAAAUUCCAUGGUGAAGAACGUGAACUUAUUGUUAGUUAA